GCUGGUCUGACCUGUGGAUCGCUCUGAAAGAAAUAAACCAGACUGCCGCUCUUCAGGCCAAGGACCCUUGUCAUCCAUAAGAGCAGCAAUCAAGAGAUUCAAAUGAUUUUUAUGGAGCUGGAUUAGGAGACACGGGAUUAUGCCAGAAAUUCUUGAGACUUUUCCGGCAUACCUGCUGCCUCCUAGGUGGAUCAGCAAGCCUGAGCACGCUUCUCUGAGAGGUCACUCAUGAAUAGUGCACAUCAAAAAUGCCCCGUGGAAGAGCUUCUCGGACCUCUAGCCACAGUGAGCAGCAGAGGGAUAGAAGGCGUCCUGAAAUUACAAUAGUUGCUGCUGAACCCCUCCGGCCAUCCUCCUGGUUUCCGGGUGCAAGCCCUGUCACUCCCCAGGCAUUAGGGUUCCCUGCUGCUUCGUCUCAUGCUCAGUGGAGAACAAAUGAGCUUAUUCCGGCUGAGCUUCCACCAUCUUAUGAGCAGGUGAUAAAAGAAAUCAAUCAAGUGCAAGUCAAUACAACAAAUAACAAUAAUGCUGCUGCUCCUAGACAUACCACUACUUCUGCAACACAAACGGACUUUCCAGAGGAAUUAAUCAGCCGUUUUCCAGGAAGUAAUGUAAAAACCUGUCUGCCUACAUGCUGGGAAUCUGCAAGCUAUCCAGCAGGGCAGAGUCCUCUCAAACCUCCUAGGCCUUCUGCAUCUCUCCUGAAUAGGUCAUCUUCAGAAAAUGAGACUCCCUUAAUAGUCUUUGAAAUUUCUGAAGGUCAGAGGUGCCAAGAAAAUCCCAGUGCUGUGAUACGUCCUGUGCCAAAGCCAAGAUCAAAAAGCAAUCUUAGACCUGUGGUCAAAAAUACUGAAAGUAGAAUACGAGACAAUGGGGAAGUGAAUCAGUCUACUGCAAAAAGGCAACAGCCUUCAGCUCAGCAGUCAUCUCUCUUAGAUGAUAGCCUACUGGACAAUCACUUGGCAAGGGACAGCAUGAGUACAGAAAAGAGCCAAAAUAGUAUUGUUUCACGGAUCAAAGCUUUUGAAUCCCAAGCAACUAACGAUACCUCAGGAUCAUCCAAAAAGCCAGAAGUUGCUCCACGAUCAUUCACCCCAAGGCCUGUAACUGCAAAGAAACCAGUAGUUGCUCCGAAGCCAGGAGCAAGCAGAGUUUCAGGAGAUUGGGAUUCAUGGACGGAAAGCAAAUCAACACCUUCUUCCAAGGAAUUGCAGCCUCAGCCUGAAGUAGUUGGGAGCAGUGUUGUAACCAAACCUGAACUGCCAAAAAAACCAAAACCUGGCCUUGUAAAAGGUGUUAGUAGUGAUUUUGUUGAUGCAAGGAGUGGAUCAGUUGCAGAGAACAGUGAUGGACAAAAGAAAUUUCCUGUUCCUGCUCCAAGGCCACUUGUUCCCAAAAAGUCACGUUAUGUAGAAAAUCCUGCCCUUUCUUUGGCUUCACUAAAACCAAUUACUGCUGCUCCCCGUCUUUCUGUAUCUGCCCAAGAAAAAGCUUUCAAGUCUCUGGGGGAGUCACCGGCAACCAACUCCUCAGCGCCUGCUUUGCAAAAUAAGCUAGAUGUGGAAGGAGAUCUGAUCAGUUUUGAUGAUGAUAUUUUACCUCUAAGUCCAGUUUGUGUAGUUAAAGAUAGCAGCAGUUCUGAAGCAGCAGCAGAUCCAUUUCAAUUCCUCUCCAAAAGUGAGCCUGCAAAGGAACAGGCAGUUCAACCAGCUUUAGCCCGGAAACCCACUGUUAUCCGAAUCCCAGCUAAACCCGGGAAAUCCUUGAAUGAAAUCCCACAUAGCCCUCCACCACUUCCUGCUGCAAAGCCUAUUGGGAACACCUCUGAUAUCACAGGGGGAAAACCCAGCCAUGGUGAUCAAGUGAAAAAAGUGGAGUCAGAUCAUUUGGAACAGGCUGGAACACCUCACCUAGAACCUGCGCUGCCCCCAAGGCCUGUGGAUGGAAAGAUUAUACCGGCUCGACCUCCCCCACCUAAAGGUGUUCCUGGAAGGCCACCUCCACCAAAACUCUCUGCAGUCAAGACCUUCUCCCAAAAGGACCCUCUUUCCUGUUCCACUUCUGACAUCGCUUGUGAUAAAAAAAACAGCAAGUUCAGACUGGGACCCAAGAGAGCAAAGAGCCAAGUCUUAAAAAAUCAAGAUCCAGCAUUACCUCCUAGGCCUAAACCGGGUCAUCCUCUCUACAAUAAAUACAUGCUAGCUGUGCCUCAUGCGGUUGCCAAGGAAAACUUUCUUCCCAGGAACCAUGGAGAACUGUCCUGUAAGGUUCUCACUUCCCUUGCUGAGCAUCUGAAAAGUGGGCAAAAGGAUUCAAACAAUCCUCCAAAGGUUUCUGACGCAAAUGCGCCUCAUGCUGUAGUUUUGCAUGAUUUUCGUGCGGAGCACGCUGAUGACCUGGCCCUUCAUUCUGGAGACACCGUUUCUCUUCUGGAGAAAAUCGAUGCUGAGUGGUACAGAGGAAAAUGUGGGAAUCGCACAGGGAUGUUUCCUGCCACCUUUGUUAAAGUAGUUAUUGAUGUUCCAGAAGAAAGCACCAGGAAAAAAAUACUCUGUUCAUCACAUUGUAUUAGAGGCCCAAGAUGUGUUGCACGAUUUGAGUAUAUUGGAGACCAGAAAGAUGAGCUCAGUUUUUCAGAAGGUGAAACUAUUAUCCUUAAAGAAUAUGUAAAUGAAGAAUGGGCCAAAGGAGAGCUCAGAGGCACAUCUGGAAUUUUCCCCUUGAAUUUUGUGGAAGUAAUUGAAGAUCUGCCUGAAACAGGUAUAGGAGCAUCACUGAAGAACAAGGUGGAGGUUUCCUCUUCCCUUCCUCAGAACAACAGACAUUCAGUAGAGUGGUGUGAAGCACUUCAUGAUUUUACAGCAGAAACCAAAGACGAUUUAUCCUUUAAAAAGGGAGACUGCAUCCAAAUCCUGGAACAAGUAGAUUCAGAGUGGUACAGAGGAAGACUGAAUGAAAAGGAAGGGAUUUUCCCAGCAGUUUUUGUUCAGACCUGCUCAGCCAGGAUAGAGCUGUCACAAUCUCGAAGAGGGAAAAAAGGAAAAGCCAAAGCUCUUUAUGAUUUUCAUGGAGAAAAUGAAGAUGAGCUUUCAUUCAAAGCAGGUGAUACGAUAACAGAGCUGGAAUCGGUAGAUGAGGACUGGAUGAGUGGAGAGCUGCAAGGAAAAUCUGGGAUAUUUCCCAAAAACUUUGUUCAGAUUUUAAAAACAUCAUAAAGUGUUGCCUGCCUUCAUGCUCCCUGCAUGUGGGAGAGACUUUGUUGCAAAGGCACAGCAAACAAGGACUUCGCUAUAUUGUGACUAUCAGAAUGUUUUGCACUACUUUUUUCUAGGCAGUCAUAUCAGUAUCUUGAAGUCAAAUAAGAAAAUUUUAGUCUUUUGUGACGGUGUAUUUAGUCAUGCUUCAUGAAUGCUCUGAGAGCAAACAAAAGCAGGAUUUUUAGCAGAUUCCAACUUGGGAAGUACUGUGGUAAAGGACUAUUUUAACUUAAAUUCUUAACUUGUUCUUAACAUUCUACUAAGUUUACUAUCUGGUAUUACAUUUAUCAUGUAUAAAAAGUCUGCAUAAAGUAAGCUGCUUUGGGCUUCCUUAAAAACUGUUUCUUAAAUCUAAAUUUAAAAAAUAGUUUUAAAGAUAUAAUUACAGCAUUCAGUAUGUAGAUCAAGUUCAAUAUUCAGGUUUUAUUACUGCUUGACUUCCACAUUAGCAGUAGAAUCCACUUGUUUUAUGGCUUAGAGGAUAAGGAAGAUAACUUAUCUCAGUAGAAAAUUAUCAAAUCUAAUAAGGAUAGAGGAAAAACUCAGAAGUCAAUCCUUGUGUGUAGUAUUCUUCUGUUCUUAAAUUUUACUUUUCUGAUCCCCCUCUAUGAACAAUUCAGUCUAAGUGUUUUGCCUCCUGAUAGCGUUCAAACCAGUGUGAGUCCUCUCUCAAACCUUUUUUCCCUUCCCACGCAAUCUUUUGCGGAUGUAGGUUGUUUUUUCUACAAUCUACUGUUCUUCAAGCACUGUCAUACCUUUCUUCUCACAGCUGAGGUUAGCUGAAGAAGCAGUGUCCAUCACAAACUUCCUCAGAUCCCCUCUCUGCAGCAGUUACGCUAUUUCAGCUAUUUGUCCCCUCCCUCCUCCUGUACCUACAGGAGCCAGUCUUCACUCAGUCUGCGUUUCAUUUCUCACUCAAGCACUGGAACAUACUUCAGCAAUACUAUUCCUGUCCUUAACAGGAAGGAUAUUAAACAGCCUCAGUUUUAGCUUUCAGCAGCCCCAGGGAUUAGUUUUCAGUUUGGUAUGGUACCACAUACCUGCUAUACUGAACAUCAUUAUAAAUGGUCUGUCAAGGCUUUAAGGAAAAAAAAAAAACAGCUGAGGAGAAGUUACUUCAAGAAGCUCUAACAAAACAAUUUAGUAAAAGUCAAUAGUGCAACUUGAGCUACAUAAAUUAAAACAAACAUGACUGAGAUAGCUUCAGAUUAUAGGAACUUUGAGAAGUAAACUUCUUUUUAUGACACUUGGCUCCAAACAAACUAGUUUGAAUGUGUCUUGAUUAAUAGCUAACUUAUCAGACAGGAAUAUACAAAAAAAAAAAAAAUUAUGCUGCAGUUGGCUCUUUCAGUGUUUACAGUAUUCCAUUGCUUUUGUACCAUACAAAAAAAAGGAAACAGCAAGUUGUUAGCACAAGUCCUUACCUCAGUGAUGCAGGUGAGCUCUUUCACAAGAAAGAAACACUUUUUUUGCAGGCCUGGAAAGUUCAGGCUGCCAAAAGGGCCGGUAGUUGAGUGGCAACGGGAGAUAGCAGAAACUAGAAUCAUCGUAAUUGACCUUGGGAUAGUUUGAUUUAGUCAGGUAUCUGCUUAAAGCUUUACUGAUGGGCGAUCCAGGUAUGGCAACAAAUACAUACAGCUACCGUAGGCUGGGGUGCAUCUAUAUUGGUGUUUAACUGUGGGUGAGAGAGGGAGCCCUUGAGGAUAGCCCUCUCCACCCAGUGCACUGUGUUUCCUGCAGCAGCAGGCACAAGCUUUCAGCCAAAAUUCAGCUGAAAAGUCUCCCAGAGCAGGGGGGUGUCAGGCGCAGACCGGACCUUGCCUGCUGUCACUCCCAAGGAGCUCACAGCGUGGACACCCUCAGUACCAGUUUGCACUAAAGGGUCACUGUUGUAACAGUACUCGCAAAUGCAAACACAGUCAUUAGUGCUCAAGUUUACCUUUGCAGCUUCUCUAGAAGCUUCAUGGAAAAGUGUUACACGUUUAUACUGCAUCAGUACUUGUUACCCUAACGGGGGGGGUGAAAAUCACACAAAGCACAAAGCUUUAGCGAGCUAAGAAUUGGAUUUUUACUCUUAAAGGGGAUUAACAUUAGAAAAACAGAAUUCUAAACCCUGUGCUAUUCCAGAAAGAUAAAAACAAGACCAGUUAUACAGCUGUUACUCAGUUUUACCAUACCGAUGAGGCUGUCCUGAGCUCCUGUGGAAUCAAAUUUUUAACAACGUAAAUCGGCGUCCGAGGACAACCCUUCCUAUUCCCCAAGCUUUCCUGCCAGGAAAGGCCAAAGAUUCUUACUGUCUAUUCAGAGAUGAUAUCCAUUUCUUUCUAUAGGACUGUGAGGAAGCAGAGAGAGAGGGGGAUUUCUGGCUGCUGUAAGCCUUCUCAGUCUUUUCAACCACAAACUUUCAGUGGAUCACCACAUUGAAACAUUCACCGUGACCUCUGCUAAGGCACUUCAUGAACCUCUUGUAAGCACAAGAGGAGGAGAACCAAAAAAAAAAAACACCAUCAAAAACGGAA